UGGUGAAUUUCAUGUCUAGUUGCUCGUUAGCCCGUUAGCUAGCGGGUCGGGUUUUACCUCGCGAGCGCAUAACUGAAAACAUCACCGCUGCUACUCGGUUUAUUUUCUUUUUAUUCGGCCCGCAGUAUAGCUUACUGUUUUAAAUGGCGAUAUUAUAAACCUGCUUUGCACAGCUGAAAAAGGUUGAAAGCUAAAAUGAAAGGAUAGGUAUUAUUUAUUAUUAUGCUAGCUGGCUAGCCCGCUAGCUCGGAGGCUCUUCAGGUGUAAAUGGACCUAGCAUGCUAGUCACAACACGGCAAUGAUCACAACGAGUUCUGCGUUUUUUGUGAACGUAAUAUUUCAUGGCAUGCACAGGGAUGUUCAUAGGAUUGUUUUAUACGCUGUAGACGGAAUUCAGGAUUAAUAACGUUUAUAUAACGGUGUCAUAUAUUUUUUUAAACAUCACCGUGUCCGUGCCACGCAAUGCACCAUGGAGGAGGGCCACCAAAUUCACAGCGAAAUUUUCAGAGAUCCAAAUCCUUCACGGGCUCUGAAGCAGAAGAGCAGCAACCAGUUCCAGUCACACAACAACAAUCCACAGCUGUCACUCAUUCACUGUCCUCGGUGACGACGUUCACUACGGCGGCAAGCCCUGCAGUCUCAGCUCCUCAGUCCCCCAACUACCAGAUCAUCAUGAGCCGAAGCCCUGUGGCUGGUCAGAACAUGAACAUCACGUUACAGAACAUAGGUGCCAUGGUCCCUUCGAACCAGCAGAUCACGCUGACGUCGCUGCCCCUGCAGAGUCCGGCUUCGCCUGGCUUCCAGCACCAAGCUCCUCAGUGGAGGUUCGAGCACGGCUCAUCUUCGUACAUCCAAGUGACUUCGCCCCUUCCUCAGCCGAUUCAGCCUCAGAGUCCGACGCAGCACAGCCCCGUCUCUCUGCAGGCCGUGUCCAGGUCGGGCGCCGCUCUCGGGGUGCGGGCGCAAAGCCCGACACGUUUCGUCGAUACUGGAAUCAUGGUGCGGCAAAUUAACCUCAGCAGUCCACCCGGAAGCGGACACUUUGUGUAUCAGGAUAACGCGGGCUUGACCCAGCUGGCGCCGACGACGGUUGGCACGGUGCAGCUGGCCUCUCCAGCCGGGACACCAGUGUCGGUCAGGGAGAGACGCCUCUCUCAGCCACACUCUCAGACCGGCGGCACGAUCCAUCACCUGGGACCGCAGAGUCCCGUGGCGUCCGGAGCCGCUCUGCCGGCCUUAGCCAGCCCUAGUCACAUCACCACAUCCAACCUUCCGCCUCAGAUCAGCAGCAUCAUCCAGGGACAGCUUCGGCCCGUCGUUGCAGGGGUCACUUCCUCCGGGAUGACGUCCUUUGGCGCCGUCCCUCCUUCCAGUCCUUCUCGAAGUACCGUGAACCCUCCGCUGACUCCCAAAAAGGUUCAGCCCAAGAAGCUGGAGGAGAUAGCGCCUCCUAACGCCGAGGUCGCUCAGCUGAGGAAGCAGUGUUUGGAGCAUCACACGAAAAAGAUGGAAAGCCUAAAAGACGUGUUCAAGGACUACCUGAUCGAACUCUUCUUUUUGCAACACCUGCAAGGCAACAUGAUGGACUACCUCGCCUUCAAGAAGAAGCCAUGUGUGCCGCUCUUCACCUACCUGAGGCAGAACGAUCUCGACCUUGAGGACGAGGAGGAGGAAGAAGAACAAUCCGAAGUCAUCAAUGACGAGGGACACUGUGCGAGCGUUGUAUGUACGUCUGUUUCUAUGACAACCACUCAGGUGAAAGUAGUGACAGGAAAAGACGGGCAGACGGUGACGCCCGUCGCCAUAGCCACCCAGCUCCCACCGAAUGUGUCGGCGGCGUUCUCCGCCCAGCCACAAUUUCAGGCUCAUCCCGGUGCUGCAGGUGGCAACAUUUCCAAUCCCGUGGACAUGGAGGCCUUCAAACGGCAGCAGGCUUUGGCUCAAGCAGGUGGCAUGCCCCCAACCCCACAGGCAGUCCAGAUAGGGGGGCAGAACCAGAACCAACAGCAGUACGACCCAUCCAAAGGCCCGCCGGUGCAGAACGCCGCCAGUCUCCACACUCCUCCACCCCAGCUGCCAGGCCGACUUCCCCAAGUUACGCUGCCCGUGGCCACUUUGCCUCUAGCUCUCUCUCAGGCCCAGUCCGUGGUGAUGGAGCAACAGUGCCAGGCACCGGGUGGGCAGCUCCAAGCCCAGGUGAAGCUGCAGGGGGCAGGCGCCGUGCUGGCUGCAGUGAACCCACACCCACAGCUGCAGAUGCAACUCCAAAUACAACAGCAGCAACAGCCGCAGCAAACACAGCCGGUCAUGCAGCCAGGACAGGCUACUGUCACACUCGUCCGGCCCGGAGCGGAGACGUCCCAGCCCGCUCAGCGUCUGAUGUCCAACCCCCUAUCUUCCUCGGUCAUGUCCACUGCACCUUUAUCCUCCUUGCCCUCCCCUGUCCCGUCCGCUUCAGUCCGGACCCCUGUGCCUCAUACGCUGUCCCCCGCCCCGCACUCCAAACUCACAGCUUCCAAUGGCACUGCGGCGCUGAAGCUCUCCACACUGAGCCAGGGCUCGGCUACAAACACCACCCAGGAGAGCUCCCAGGACAAGCAGGCAGAGCAGGCUAAACUGGAGAGCCAAGUGCAUCAACGCAUCGCUGAGCUGAGGAAGGAGGGCCAGUGGUCAGCUAGCAGGCUGCCGAAACUGCAGGAAGCUAGCAGGCCCAAAUCCCACUGGGAUUACCUGCUGGAGGAGAUGCAGUGGAUGGCUGCUGACUUUGCCCAGGAAAGACGCUGGAAAAUGGCCGCCGCCAAAAAGUUGGUGCGCACUUGUGCCCGUUACCACAUUGAGGUGAGGAAGGCUGAGGAGAAGAAGAAGAUGGAGCAAGAGCUGAGGUUGAGAAACAUAGCCAGCGUCAUCGCACGUGAGGUGGACUACUUCUGGUCCAACAUCGAACAGGUUGUAGAAAUCAAGCUCCGCUUAGAGAUCUCAAGCAAAAGACAGAAAGUGCUCAGCCUGCAAAAAUCAGGAAACAGAGGACAAAGCAGUAAAUCUGCUCAAGCUUCGAGAGAGAAUGACAGCAGAGUGGAGUCCGGGGGCACCAGCCGUAAGAGGAAGACGAGCACAUCCCUUUCUGAUGAAGAGGGUGAAGAUGAGGAGAGCACAAUCGAGGAGCAGGAGGCGAUGGAAGUAGCUGCUGAGCAAAAAGAGGAGCUUGUUGAGCUCACCAAGGAAGCUGAGGUGCCAUUGGAGGCUUUGGUAAAGAAAUACGCCGGUGCGUAUGCUGAGGGAUUCACGUGGCCCCAGCCUACCUGUCAGAGCGAGGACGAGGACAAAGAUGAAGUCGAAGACAUGGAUAGUUGUCCACUGGACAGCCCCCACGAGGCGGUCCUCAUUGACAUGCUCUUGAGUGACGAGCAGUACCGCGGACCCGAACGGAGCAGCAGCAGUGCCGCCUCAGGACCCGACAGCAAACACAAGAAGGAUAUAGCAGAAGUGUCCCGGGCAACAGAUCUGAUCCUGCCCAAAGGCAGCGCUAGGACGACACCAACUACCCGUCUUCCUGUGCCCUCCCUCCUUCAUGGCUCUCUGAGAGAUUACCAGCUGGUGGGUGUGGAGUGGUUGGCUAACCUGCACCGAAAACACCUCAACGGCAUUUUGGCAGAUGAAACCGGGCUUGGCAAGACUGUCCAGACUGUGGCCUACCUCGCACACCUGGCCUGUCACGAAGGUAUAUGGGGCCCUCACCUGGUAGUCGUGAGAACUUGCAAGCUGUUAAACUGGGAAAUGGAGUUCAAGCGCUGGUGCCCAGGCCUCAAAAUCCUCUUGUACUUGGGUAGCAAGAGAGAGCGCAGAUACAAACGAUCGUGGUGGUCUGAGCCCAACAGCUUCCACGUAUGCCUUACAUCAUACAAGCUGCUGCUGAAAGACCAGGCUCACUUCCUGAAGAGGCGCUGGAGGCACCUGGUACUGGACGAAGUGCAGCUGAUCAAGAACAUGACUGAGAAACAUUGGGAAACCAUCUUCAACCUCAGGAGCCAGCAGAGGAUCCUGCUGAUCAACAGCCCUCUACAGAACACUCUGAGAGAGCUGUGGACCAUGAUCCACUUUCUCCUGCCUGGAAUCACACGCUCUUACCUUGACUUCCCCAUCCAACCCGGCGCGGACCAAAACCAGGACUACUGCCACAAACUGGUCAUCAGGCUACACAGGAUGAUUCAGCCCUUCAUUCUGCGUCGCUCCAAGAGAGAUGUGGAGAAGCAGCUUCCUAAGAAGUACGAGCACAUCCUGAAGUGCCGUCUCUCCACGAGACAAAAGAACAUGUACGAGGACAUCCUCACACAGCCCAGUGCUCAGGAGGCUCUAAAGACGGGACACUUUGUAAGCGUGCUGCAGGUACUAAUGCAGCUGCAGAGGAUCUGUAAUCACCCAGAUUUGAUCCAGAUCAGAGAGACUGCCAGCUCGUACACAUGCCAAAGCCUGCAGUACAACACUCCAUCUUUACUGCUCACAGCUCUGCAGAAGGACCGGUGGAAGACCGUGGACCUGUCCGGUUUUGACCUGAUCAGUAAUGAAGGCAGGCUGACCCGCUUCGAGACCACAGAGGUUCUUCCCAAACUCAGACUGAGUCAGCAACACGUCGAGGAGAUCCACAGCGCACCCGACCCUCCACCCAGACCCAGAGCAUGCAAGAUCAAGCCUAUGAGGUUGUUCCAGCCAGUGCAGUACGGGACGAAACCAGAAGGGCGUCUCGUGCCCCUGAUCAGCACUUCACAAGGUCAGCGCUCCACUGCUACCACCACCGCUACCCCCACCACCACUUCUACCCCUACUGCUGUUGCUCAGAACACCCUAGCCAGGGGCAAAUCACCAGUGACUACCACCUCAUCUACUCAGGCCAGCAGCACACCAGGACUUGCUGUUGCAGCUGCUCCCCCUACUGCCACUUCUACCCAUGUGGCUUUAGGUGUAGCAGGGGUGGGUACUGUAGCCCCCAGGCCUGCUGUUGCCCCUCAGCCUCUAUCCACCCACCCCCUGCUUCCCCAGAGGCUGCUCCUCAGCUCCCAGGCCCAGGCUCGCUUGCCUAGUGGAGAUGUGGUGAAAGUGGCUCAGUUGGCGUCAAUAACAGGCGCACAGAGUCGGAUAGCGCAGACCGAGACCCCGGUCACACUGCAGUUCCAGGGCAAUAAGUUCACACUGUCGCCCAGCCAGCUGCGUCAGCUUACCACAGGACAGCCUCUCCAGCUCCAAGGUAACAUUCUACAGAUAGUGUCCACCCCGGGGCAGCCGAUCCUCAGGCCGUCGGGCUCCUUGGUGAUGCAGCCGAUGCCCCAGCCGGUUCCUGUUCAAAACUCCACAGGCCCUCAGGCAGCCCUCCCUCCAGCCACCCCGACACCUCCGCAGGCCGGUGUGGCUGCCAGUGCUACGGCUGUAACGUCUACCACAGCUGACGCAGGAAGCAACACAAAACCCUCCAGCAACGCUGUACCACAAGAGUCGAGUGAGGAGAGGAGCAGGCAGCUGAAGGAGCGUCUCACUCGUCUGUUCAACGUUAACGAGCGGCGUGUUCAGCGCACUGUCCUGUAUGGGACUGACCUUCUUGAGGCCUGCUCCGUGACCAAGGGACGCACUCCUCCUCCUCUGCCUGCUCCCGAGCACUCGCGCUGGGCCUGGGUGGGCAGAGACGCCUGCCUGAAGACCCAGCAGAAUAGCGUUUACACAACAGACUCGCUUCGAUCGGCUCUUCGUUCCCAUUCAGACAGACUGCAGGAAAAGCACAGCCUCGUCAAAAGGCUGUCUUGUAUUCUGCCUGCCACUGUAGCUCCGCCCCCUCAGCUUUAUGCGGCCAACCCACCACCACCAUACAGUCUGAAGCAGAAGAUGUUCCUGCGUCAACUUCGAGAAGUCUCCACCCCCUAUAACUCCGAGAUCCGCACUCUGGCCUGCCCAGCUGUGUUUGAGCUCCCUGAUAAACAUCUGCUGGAAAUGGACUCAGGUAAGCUGGAGGCGUUGUCUAUCUUGCUGCACAAGCUGAAGGCAGAGGGCAGGAGAGUGCUCAUCUUCACUCAGAUGGCCAGCAUGCUGGAUAUCCUGGAGACCUUUCUGGACCGCCGACAUUUUACGUUUGUCCGCCUGGAUGAGAGCCUCUCCCACCAUAAGCGACAGGAUCAGAUGAAGGCAUUCAACUGCAACAGACAGUUCUUCUGUGCCAUCCUGACUAACCGCUGCUGCUCUGCCGUGGGCCACGUGUUUGACGCAGACACGGUUGUGUUCUACGACACGGAUCUCAACCCCAGCAUGGACGCCCGUACGCAGGAGUGGUGCGACAAAGUCGGACGCUCCAAAGACAUCCACAUUUACAGGCUGGAGAGUGGAAACUCCAUAGAGGAGAAACUGCUGAAGAACGGCACGAAGGACCUGAUUAGAGAAGUGGCAGCACAAGGGACGGACUAUACGCUCGCCUUCCUCACGCAGCGCACUAUCCAGGACCUGUUUGAGGUAGAAGCCGGAUCUGGAGAGAAGGUCGAGGAGUUCGUCGUGCUGCAUCAGGAACCGUCUCCAUCAGAGUCCAUCCCUCCACACGUGGCCAGGCCGUACAUCCAGGCCCUCAACACCAUCACGCUACAGUCGCUUCACCCAGAAGACAGGCUGGGCAUGAAAAGAGAGGCACAAACGGAGCAAGAGGAGGGUGAGGCGACGGACGAGUCUUCUCAGCUAGAAGAGCUGGCAUCUGUCGUGGAACAGCUGACUCCUAUUGAAAGAUAUGCGCUUCAGUACCUGGAGUACCUUCACAUCAGUGAAGAUGUGGCCGCUGUUAAGGAGCGAAUAGAAGCUGCUAAACGAGUCUGGGAGCUGCGACAACAACAGAAGCGAAAGCACGAAGAAGACGAGCGGGUGAAUCUAGAAGACGAAGAAGACCUCUUCACCUACACCAGAGAGGAUGCCUACAACAUGGAGUACGUGUUUGAGUCUGCAGAUGGUCAGACAGAAAUCAUGCCGCUGUGGACUCCGCCGACGCCACCUCAGGACGAUAACGACAUCUACAUCGACUCUGUGAUCUGCCUCAUGUAUGACUCCGCCCCCAUGCCAGAGUCCAAACUGCCCCCGGUGUACAGCCGCAAAGAGCACAAGAGACCCAAGAUGGACCAGUCUGUCGUGGGCCGUAAGAAGAAGAAGGGUCACGGCGAGGCGGUGAUCCCUCCACGGUCGCUCUUUGAUAAGGCAAGCAUGUUGAAAGUGCGGCGAGAAGGAAAGGACCAGAAGAAGAACUUCUCUCUGAAGCAGCAGGCGCCGUUCGCCAAGCCGCUGCCCUCGCUGGUCAAACCCACCAUGGAGCCGGGACAGGACAAUCCAGAGUGGCUCAUCAGUGAAGACUGGGCUCUGCUGCAGGCGGUGAAGCAGCUCCUCGAGCUCCCUCUGAACCUCACCAUCGUGUCUCCGGCUCACACUCCAAACUGGGACUUGGUGAGCGACGUGGUGAGCUCCUGCAGCAGGAUCUACCGCUCACCGAAACAGUGCCGCAGCCGCUACGAGAACGUCAUCAUCCCCCGUGAGGAGGGCAAGUUAAUUUACGAAGCUAAUCCAAAGAAGAAGACCAAGAGCAUCUAUAAGACGAAGAACAGCCGUCCUCUGCGCACGUGUCAGAUCUACACCCAGGAUGACCACGCUACCCAGAUCCAGCUCUACAACAACCGCUUCGAGCUCAUGAAGAUCAUCGCCAGCAAAAGGAGUCCUCCAAUAAAACCUCUGCUGGGGAUGAAUCCGUUCCAGAAGAACCCUAAGCAUGCCUCGGUCUUGGCUGAAAGUGGGAUCAGCUAUGAUAAGCCCCUGCCUCCCAUCCAGGUGGCCUCUCAGAGAGCAGAGAGAAUCGCUAAAGAAAAGAAGGCUCUAGCAGAGCAGCAGAGGGCUCAGCAGUUAGCUCAGCAGCAGCAGACAGCCGGAGCGACCCCAGGGACCCCAGGGGCCACCGCUCAGCCGCAGGCCCAGCCGCAGGCAGCUACCGCUGGACUGCAAGCCGCUGGAGUUCCUCAGGGAACCCAGCAAGGAGCUGCCGCAGUCCCGAACACCGCUGUGCUGGCCGGCGCUAUCAAGACUGCCGCUGCUGGCACAGGUAUUCAGACAGCAGCUGCAGUGGGAGGGAACGUGAUCGUGAACACAGUCACCAGUGUUUCUCCAGGCCAGUUCCAGGGAAACAAGCGGCUCACUUCUCCCGUCAUUCCCGGAGCUUUACCUGCUGCAGGUGCUGCGACAGCUCAGGUGGUUCACACACAGCAGAGGGCUGUCGCUUCUGCCCCUGCCGCCACCCCUGCUGAGGUCGUCGCCAUAGCGACGAGCCAGGGUGUUCGUGCUGUUACCCCGGUAACUGCCUCGACUGUGGUAUCCACGAGUCUGGCUCAGGUGCAGUCACAGACACGCUCGCUCGUGACUCAAGGGAUGCAGUUGCCCCAGGGGAAGCAGAUCACCCAGGCUCAACUACAGAUCCUCAGGCAGCAACAGCAGCAGCUCCAACAGCAGCCGCAGCAGCAGCAACAGGCUGGUUCUCCUCAGAUCAAAGCCGUGAACAAACCACAACAGAUGCACAAGCAGAAGCUGCAGGUCGUGGCUGCUCAGGGCCAGCAGUCGGCAGUUACCCAGCAGACCCAGCAAGUCCAGGCCGCACCGACACCCCAGCCCGGUACACAGCUUACUGCAGUGGCCGCUGUGCCCAGAGCUGGAGCCGUGCUCACUGGGACCACUGCCCCUAACCUGCAGGUGGCCAGACUGGCCCGAGUCCCGGCUACAGGUACCGUCCCAGCGCAAGCGGGUCAGACGGCCCAGGUGACGCUGACCAAACCUCCUCCAGUGGUGUCUGUACCAACUGUAGUGUCGUCCACCGGAGUCACCACCCUACCCAUCACCGGAAUCAAUGUAACCAUCGGACAGACCCCAAAGCCAGUUGGGACUAUGGUAAGUCAGUUCCAGGUUCAGCAGUUGUUGCAGCGGCAAAAGCAGCAGCAGGCAGCAGCACAACAGAAAGCAGCACAACCACAACAGACUCAGGCUGCAGUGCAGCAGAAGUUGGCCACUCAGCAGGCAGCUCAGGCGGCAGGUCAGGGCCCGCAGAAGGUAACGUACACAACCACCACACAGCUGCAGCAGGGCAUUAAGACUCAGUUCUUCACCACUUCUAUCGCUGCCCAGCCCCAGAAACCUGCCACCGCACAGCAGAUACAGGUCACUAAACUUCCUCAGAUAGUGCAACAGCAGAUAGUAUCCUCACCCCAGCAGGCCCAGCCUCAGACAGUGACUCUGACCCAGGCAGCUGCCGCAGCCGGAUCGUCUCCUCAGGUGCAGAUGAUUCCCGCAGGCUCCGCCUCUGCCGUGCAGGUUGUCCAUCAGAAACUCCUCCAACAGCCGCAACAGCAGGUGGUUACUUCAGCAACCUCCGCCUCCUCCCCUCAGAUCCCGGUCCCAGCUCCUCAAAGCCCCGCCCAGCAGCAGAGCUCUGCAGUGACCCCUGCAGCCGACACAUCAGUACAGCAGCCUGGAACACCACAGCCUCAACCGGGCAAAGGAAAUGCACGCGCAGGAGCCACCAUGCGCACCAAAACGCCCGCCAAACCCAGCGGAGGCAGCUAAAAACACACACACACACACACACACACACACACACACACACACACACACACUCCACAGUGUGGAGUUGUUUUACAGGAUUCUUAUGCUGUAAAAUGCUUGUUUUUUUCCAACCACGCCCACCUUUCUUUGUUUAUACACCCGUUAACGUUACACGUUUAUUAUCCUCGGAAGAAAAAAACGAACGAAAAUGCGAAGUAUUUCUGAAGACCAUUGGGGUGAGCAGUUCGUUCUCGUUUUUUGCGCCAAUUCUAGACGUCCUGAUAAUUAUACAGAGCCUGCUUGGGGGAGGGGGAUCACUCAAAUUGUAACAAGUAGCUGAUUGGAUGUUCGCCGGUAACAUUGAUUCGGCUUUUCCACAUUAAAUACUCUCAUCCGAUUGGAUAGAAGGUUUAUUCCUGACACGUUGCCCACCUUUAACAUCCACGUAAGGUUUUGAUGAUGAUGAUGAUGAUGAUGAUGAUGGGCUGAUCAGAUGACUCAGAAUCAGUUGUGUGCGCAGUUAAAGUCCCAGGACUUGGUUUAAAAAAUUUUUGUGUGUUUGUGCACUUCGUAUAGCCGAACGUCCUCUUUAGUCGUGGCCAGUGAAGACUAGUAGCGCGUGAACAUCCCGUUCAGGAUGUAGAAUUAGCAGUCUUUGGACAGCGCGGCGAUCCGGCUGCGUUUUGGUAUCAGGUUCAUGAGCGAGCCAGGUUUAAAUCUGUAUUCGGAAAUUUGGUGUUACGGAUGCUCCCGCUCAUCGUUUCUUUAGUGAGUUGUUUGUUAGAUGUGUCGUAAACGUGCGAUUGUCAUGUUGUUUACUAGAGACGCACCAGUCCAAAGCGGAGAUAGCUACAUACUCCAGUCCAGUCACGAGAUAUCUUAUAGUAUGUACAGGGUGAUUUAAAAACAAAAAAAAGUGUUCACGCAAAAAAAGUUGCGACAUGGAUAGAGUUGAUCAAGUUUCAGACAGUGGUUCGCAAGAAAUAUCGAGAAAACGAAUCAUCAUGGCAGACUGAAAGACCUCCGUCGAUGUUGCGACCAUCCAUCUUUACACUAAAAUUGAUCUCGUAGCCGUUUCAUACCCUACAAAUAGUUAGAAAGCACAUUUCAAAUAUGUCCGUACCGCAUACUGGUCUAGUCUUGUAUUUAAAAUAGAAACGACGGGAUUGGUGCGUCUCCGGUCGUCGUGCGUGAGGAUGUUAGAUUUAACCAGUCACUGGACGUUUCAUAAUAAACUGCUCAUAAUAUCUCUGAUCAGCAACAGUCGGAGUGCAAAUGACAUUUUUCUCUUUGGGUUUUUUUUUUUCUUUUUUUUUUUUUUUUUAAAUUCUGUAUCAGCUGCACUGUAAAAUUGUCUUGAUGUGUCUGUAAUGUUUCGGAUUUCCUUCAUCUUUCAUAUAUAUAUGUCCUUUUUUUAUUCAUUCUGAGGAACAAAUGUGUAAAUAACAGAAGGGAAGACAUUUGUAACUGUAAAGCAGUUGUGUUUUCAUUGGAUUUUUUUUUCCAACUCUAUAUAAAGUGUUGUUUUUAUACCAACA